GCAGCCGCAGGAAAGAUGCAGAAGCACAACCAGAAGGAGCACCUCUACAAGCUGCUGGUGAUCGGCGACCUGGGAGUGGGCAAAACCAGCAUCAUCAAGCGCUAUGUCCACCAGAACUUCUCCCCCCACUACCGGGCCACCAUCGGGGUGGACUUUGCUUUGAAGGUGCUGAACUGGGAUGCUGAGACUGUGGUAAGGCUGCAGCUCUGGGAUAUUGCGGGACAGGAAAGAUUUGGAAACAUGACCAGGGUGUAUUACAGAGAGGCUAUGGGGGCGUUUAUUGUCUUUGAUGUUACAAGACCUGCGACGUUUGAAGCAGUGACAAAAUGGAAGGAGGAUUUGGACUCAAAGUUGGUUCUUCCAAAUGGCAAACCUGUGCCAGCAGUCCUAUUAGCAAACAAAUGCGACCAGGGAAUAGAUGUUCUUAUGAACAACGGCAUCAAAAUGGAUCAGUUCUGCAAAGAGAAUGGGUUCGUGGGCUGGUUUGAAACAUCAGCCAAGGAAAAUAUAAACAUCAAUGAAGCUUCCAGAUGCUUGGUGAAACACAUAAUUGCUAGUGAGAGUGAUCCAGUUCAGUCUGUUGAACCAGAUAUUAUAAAACCACACUUGAAUUCCUCCAAGAUUGUCAGUUGUUCAGCUUGCUUUAAAUCCUAAGAGACUUCCAGACUAUUACAAGAGCUGAACAACUAUGAUUUGCAAUUUAUACUUUAUUCAACAAAACCAGCCUGCCCACAUUGUCCCUAAGCAGGUUGUCAUUUUCUCAAAAAUAUAUUUAAAUUUAAAAUUGUCCUUUUUUUUUUUUUUAGCUAACAUUUAUUAUGAAGUGUUCAUUGAUAACAGCUAUUCAAAGCUUUCUUUUGCUAUUGGUCAAAUAAGACUCACAGUGAUGGCUGUGUUUUCCUAUUUGGGUGGCACCAGUGAUACCAAAACCCAUUUGUUUCUGAAAAUUCCUAUUUGUGAUGUGACUGUGGCAGCACCCUACUUGUCCAUUGAUUUCCAGGAGGUUUUCUCAAUACCUUGACCAGGCAAAUGUCAUCAUUGCACUUUUUGUCACUCCUCAA